UAGGAUGGGAGGCAUUACAGUUUCCUUCCUAGCGAGUUCUGGAGCAAUACCAGCAGCGUUACCAGUACCUUCUUGGACUUGAAUCUUCGUUACAGGACACGCAACAAUGAACAAGUGUCUUCAGGUCGUGUUCUUCUGCUUGGUGGCAGUGAGUGUUGCGUACGCUCGUCCCGGUCUCCUGGGCUACCCAUAUGGUCCAAUCUUACCCCAGCCUGUCGCCGACACCCCGGAAGUCGCUGCCGCCAAAGCUUCCCACUUCGCCGCCUACAACGCUGCAGCUGCCGCCGCUGCUGCCGCCCCCGACCUCGAAGCCUUAGGGAUUCCCGUCCCCCUAUAUCCUGGAUAUGCAGCUUAUGGCGCCCCCGGUGCCUACAUCGGUCCUCUUGCUGGCGUUCCUACUAUCAUCAACGGAGUCCCUGCUGAUACACCCGAAGUUGCACUUGCUAAAGCUGCUCAUUUCGCUGCCCACGCACAAGCAAACGCAGCGAUCUACGGAACGCAUGAGACAAUACAGUUCACAGCGAGUACUGGACCAAUACCAGCAGCGCUACUUGGAUUCAAACCUUCAAUCAUAAACACAAAAAUGAACAAGAAUUUUCAGAUCGCUUUCUUCUGUCUCGUCGCUGCCGGCAUGACCUGCGCACAGUACGGUUACCCAGGUUACCCGUACCCUGGAGCACCACCACAACACGGGGCGCCCCAGCCUGUCGCCGACACCCCCGAAGUUUCCGCCGCAAGGGCUGCCCACUUCGCCGCCUACAACGCUGCUGCUUCCGCUGCUGCUGCCGCCCCCGAGUACGGCCAUGGUGCCCCUGCAUAUGGCGGUCCCUACCCUGGGGCUGCGCCUAACUACGGGGCUCCCUAUGGUUCCGCCCCCGCUGGCUACGGGGCUCCCUAUGGUGCCGCCCCUGCUCUUGUUAAUGGAGUUCCCGCUGACACACCCGAAGUUGCCGCCGCCAAGGCUGCCCAUUUAGCCGCCCACGCCCAGGCUGGCAACCAUUACGGUUAAA